AUGACCUUGGAUGCUCCGUCGUCCUCAAUGGAAACCGACACCGUCAUCGUCGGCAAUGGGCCGUCGGCCAUGAUCCUCUCAUACAUGCUGCAUGGCCACAUCCCGUUUUACUCGCGCAAUCCCCCACACCCAGAUUAUUUACUCGAUAUCAAGUUGAAAAACACACCUAAUCUUCUGGAUGCCGACGUCGAGGCGCUUACCGCGCAUUUCGCGGCUUCCCGUUUAUCAUAUUCCACCCAAGCUCUACCGGUGAAUGUGCUAUUGGAUACUCUGGUGCGACCGAGCGUCGACGUGGAUGUAUCAGGCAGCAUUUCGAAUGUCGAGUGGCGCGAGACACCCGCCAAGGCCGUCUCCCAUCUCGUAUUCGGGAACGCCUCUCACCCGGGGGGUCAAUGGACCGAAGAUCCCAUCGGGACGAGCUGGGAUAUCCAGACAUUGAGUUAUGCGGCGAUGUUGUCUUUGCCUGGCUACUCAUUCCCCGAUCACCAUAGACAGAUAUCCGGCCAAGAUCUUCCGCCUUUUACGCGACCGACGAGACGCGAGAUCGCCGACUACUUCCAAAGCUACCCGGCAGCUGUCCACAUUGAUGAUGUAUUCCGAUGCGGAGAACACCUGAGUGGCAUCUCCCGAACUACGAAUGGUUUUUUUAUCCAAUCCCAUAACCUUCAUUGCAAGCGACUGGUACUGGCAAGUGGGAUUUUCUCUGAGAUUCUGCCGCCCACACCUAUUCUACAGCCACUGCUCCAAACCCAGUCCACUCCGACCGUACCCCUCCUAGUCAUUGGCUCCGGCUUCUCUGCGGCAGAUGCUAUCAUUUCUGCCUCUCGUGACCAAAAGAUAUUGCACGUCUUCAAAUGGUCUCCCGAGGAUCGCCCUUCUCCCCUCCGGGGCUGUCAUCAACAAGCAUACCCAGAAUACGCGGGUGUCUAUCGAUUAAUGAAGAGGGCCGCCCUUGCGACUGAAUCGGAGGGUAAAGGCCCACGUCCAAAAUACCGCCGCGGCACCUCGACAGCUUUUAUGGAAAGCCGAAAAUGGGAUGAUUUGUACGAAGGUGUAUCCAACGUUGAAAUCCUCGCGGUGGAGGUGAAAGACGGACUGGCCGAGGUCACCUUCGCUCGACCGGAUGGAUCCACGUUUUCGCGGUCCGCCCGUGGCCUCGUCUAUGCCGCUGGCCGGCGAGGUACCCUGGGCUACCUUGAACCCAAGCUCCGAGCGGAGGUGCUAGGACAUAACGAGGCAGAUGACGCGGUAAUUUCGGGACAGACACUUCGUGCGAAAGCUAUUGAAGAUUUAGAAGUUGCCCCGGGUGUCUAUAUCAUUGGUAGUCUGACCGGGGACUCAUUGGUCCGUUUCGCAUAUGGUGGCUGCGUCUCGACUGCGGGGCACCUUCUGGGCGACAAGGCGGGCGAGCAGGAGUCGCAGAGCGGGUGUAGCAGUGUCGUCUCAACACGGGCGCCAUCAUCACCUCUACAGGUGAUGAAUGGGAUGGAUGGUCAUCAUAUCUACCCCGCGAAUGGGUCUGACCUGACACGAGAGGAUACCAAAGUCUCCUCAGUGACGUCGCCCACUAUUGUACAAAGCUGGUGGAAGACAUUGGCUCAUAUGUGGAAAGACCUGACACGGUAG